CCCGAGAGUUUUGAUGUUCUUUCUGUUUUGUAUCAUAGCCAAUAGCGUAGUUCAGUAGGCGUUUUCCUUGCCAUAUACAGUAGUUCAAUGAGUGUUUAUAAUCCUUGCUUUACAAAUGUGUAAACCCCAGGUAAAUUAAACUAAUACAAGAGCAGAAAAUUAAUACAAUACAGUUUGCUGUCUGAUGGGUCAGACACACCGGCAUUUAGAGUUAUGCACUUGAUCAGUAAAGGUGAAUAUUUACUUAAGACAAAAUGGACGACGGGCUCGAUGCAAUUUUGAGUCAGGUGGCAGAAACCGCGGAUAAAAACUACUAUGAGUUACUAAAUGAAAGUAGUGACAAUUUAUUUCUAUCUCAAGUACCUCUGGAUUGUUACGAUAUUAAACAGGAUAAUAACAUUGCUGAAGCUUCCUUUGAUCUUGGAUUAGACUUUCUGUUCGAGACUGAACAAAAUGCAGUAUCUGACGACAGCGCGUUGCUAAAACCACAGAGUUUGGAAAUGAAAUGCGAAAGUGAUGACCGUGAAAGUGAAAACCCGUCACGGACAAGGAAAUUGAAGAGCUUAAAUCCUCGAAACGAAACAAAAACACUCAGUGGGCGUAUAAAGUUUUCGAAACCUGGCGACAACACCGUGAUUCGAAUAACAUACCAGAACUUCAUUCUAUGGACAAAUCAGUGUUGUCAUAUUGGUUAAUACCUUUCGUAAUGGAAAUAAAAAACCAAAAAGGAGAGGAUUACCCCCCGAAAUCUUUGUAUCUUGUCAUGUGUGGACUUUUAAGGCAUUUACGCGAGCAUGGAGUGCACGACAUGAACUUUCUUGAUAAAAACAAUCCCGCAUUUGCUGAAUUUUAUUCUGUACUGGAUAGUAAAAUGAAAAAUCUGCUAGAUCAAGGCCUUGGCACUGACACAAAACAAGCCGAUCCAAUUUCUGGUGAUGACGAAAACAAAUUAUGGGAGUCCGGUGUUUUUGGCAUGAAAGACUCUAAAACUUUGCAGCUGACUGUGCUUUUUUUUGCAUGCAAGUUGUUUGGCUUAAGAGGUCGUGAUGAACACUGGUCUUCAAUGUGACCAGAUUGAAAUUGGUGAAGAUAGUGAAGGACGUUUCAUACGAUUCAUUGGCCGAGGAUCUAAAACCUACCAUGGUGGACUAGGCCAGAUGUCUAUAAAUAACAAAGAUAUAAAACACUACUGUACACCAGGUCCACGCUGCAUGGCCACGCAUUUUGAAACGUAUAUAAAUGCCGUAGGUAACGAUGGUGAUUUCUACAAGAGGCCUCUUCCUGCUAUGCCUGGGAACUCGAUCCGGUAUGGACAUCAGCAAGUCGGUGUGAACACUCUCACUAAAUUCAUGAAAGAAAUAAGUCAGAGGGGAUCUUUGAAAGGUGUAUAUUCCAAUCAUAGUGGGAAACGAACAUGUGCAACCAGCAUGUACGAAGCUGGUAUAGACGAGCAGGAUAUUAUGGACAGGACAGGUGAUAGAUCUGUUACUGCUGUCAGAAAGUAUAAACGCUUGAACGAUAAAAUCCGUAAAAAGGUGUCCAAUGUACUGGACCCAAAUUCUGACGUCAGCUUAUCCAUGACGAAAAGGAACGAGCAAAGUGACGAUGACAAAGAAAUUAAUCUUAAAAACUCACCGUGCCAUAAGAAACUAAAAGUUCGAAAUGCUCUGUCGGAAAUUACAACGAAAUCUGGAAUAGUUAAUUUUAGUGGAUGCACUUUCAAUUUUUUACAUGCUUAAUGUGUUGAAAUAAAUUUUUAAUCUUAAAAACUCGCCGUGCCAUAAGAGACGGAAUGUUCGAAAUGCACUGUUUGAAAUUACAACGAAAUCUGGAGUAGUUAAUUUUAGUGGAUGCACUUUCAGUUUUUAACAUGCUUGAUGUGUUGAAAUAAAUUUUUAAUCUUAAAAACUCACCGUGGCAGAAGAGACGAAAAGUUCGAAAUGUACUGUCUGAAAUUACAAUCAAAUGUGGAGUAGUUAACUUUUAGUGUAUGCACUUUUUUAACAUGUUAAAAUUUGAUGUGUUGAAAUAAAAGUAU